AUGGGGGUGCCGGUUCCAGUCCUGUGGGCUCUGCUGGUGUCUUUGGGCUGUGCUGAAGAAGCCACAGAGCCAGGUGAGAACCUGAGCUGCUACCAGUGCUUCAAAGCCACGAGCUGGGAGUUUUGCAAGCCCGCCGCGUGCGCCUCCGGCGACCGGGUCUGCGUCUCCCACACGGUGAUCAUCACCCUGAGAUCUCGCCUGAGAAUUUCGCUCAGCAGGCGCUGUGCUCCCAGGUGUCCCAACACCAACAUGAAGUCUGAAUGGUCGUCGGGCCCCGGGGUGCACGGCAAGAUCACCAGGCACUGCUGUUCCAGAUCUCUCUGCAACAGGGCACCGCCCCCGCGGGAGGCUCCUGGGGCGCUUCCAAGGGCGCUCCUGCUCCAGGUGGGCCUUGGCCUCCUCUGGGUCCUGCUGUGA